GCUAAUGAUGGCGAAUGGUGGUAAUGGUGUUGAUGUGGUGGCAGUGAUGAGGUGAUUGUAAUAGCUGUUGUUGAUGGUGGCGGAGACAGUGUUGGAGAAGAGUUGGUGCUAGCGGUGGUGUUGGUGUUGGUGUUGGUGAUGGCAGCAGAGAAUUGGUGGGAUGGGCACAGCUGGCGCCAGCAGUGGGCAAAGGCGGGCCAGUCGCCAAGCAGUGGGUGCGGGUAUCAGAGCGGUGUGGCGCGGGCGUCGUCGUCAGUGUGGUGUGCGGGAGUGUGAUGUAGUGCCGGUCCCCCCUCCCCCAGCCAAUUUUCUGCCGGAGGGGGCAUGAAAGCAUGCUGCUGGGUGGUGGACUACUUCAGUGAAGUGUUACCAGUGUUCUCACCGCCGAGUCCAUAGAAGAAAAAUCCAGUAAUGGGGAUCCUGGCUGUGGUGGUUCUGGAGGAGGUGGUAGGGGAGACCAUCCCCAGAGAACGCCCCUGGGCUCCCCGUCACUGCUACAGCGACACCAGACAGGUGGCCUGCCCACCCACGCCUCCAGCAGCGUGACGCCUACGCCUGUUAGGAUAUCAUCGACGUCAUCACCAUUAUCAUCAUCAUCAUCAUGGAGGGCCGAAGACGACGACAGGGGCGGGAGGGGAAAGAAAAAGAAAAGAAAGAAGGAAAGGAAAAGGAUGGCAAAGGAGGCCAAGCCCCGAAAACGACCACAGCCAAACUCAAGGAACGAUGGCUACUGACGAGGAAGACGUGGCGUUACAUGAGUGAUGCUGGAAAGAAGCUGUUUCCUGAUGGCGUCAACCCACAAAAAACGGAAGAUAUUCCCCGAGUGGAGGAGCACUUCCAAAAAAUCAACAACCGAAGCCGUGACUUUAUUCUGUGGCCUCAACCUCAAGAAUCACCUCGAACAGCCAGAAGAAGACGGAAACGGCUCAUGAGCGCAACUUCCGACACAACUGAUACUGGAGAGGAUUAUGCCAGUACCGACGACGAAAUUCUAGGGGGGGCAAGUGAUUUAAAACAUAGAAUAGGAGCAGCCAUGGGUAUGGGCGAAGGGUUAGAAAUGGGUAUUGGUCAUGGGGCUAGUGGAACAGUGGAAAUGUCUAAUUAUCCGGGUAUGAUGUCCUUAGCUGGAAUCAAUUAUGGUAGUGGAAUGACCUAUGGACAUCAGCCUCUACCAGGUAGUGCAUAUUCUUAUUUGCCUGCCUCUGCAUAUGGUAGAGAGAGACUCACAUCUGUAGGUGAAUUGCGGUACGACUUGCCUCCUGAAUUAUACCAACACUUAUUACGAAGUUAUGGGUCUUGUAACCUGCAGCAUGUAGCCUCAAGACUGAUGGAGGAACAGCUGACAGAAGAAGAUGAAUACGAUGAGGAUUCUGGUGAACUGCUGGAAUUAGGGGGUCUGACUACACGUAGCGUUGGAGCACAAACUGACCCCCAUCUUGACAUGUGUGUUCAGACAGAUGAUGAUGCGACAGCUGAAGAUAUGGUUAAAGUUGGAGCUGAAUGUCGAAGUGUUACAGAGGCUGCUGCUGCAGCUGCACAGGCAGAAGAGAGAGCCUUAGCACAAGCACAGGAGCUUGCCCAAGCCCAAACCCAGCAGCAAUCAAGUAGUCCUGAAGCAAGUCAGAGCAGUACUUCAGUAUUAAAGAAACUAUGGCAACGAAGAGAAAGUAUGGCUGCAGGAAACAAAAGCGAAGAUCAAUCUAUGACUUCUGGUACUGGGAAAGAUAAUGCAGGCAAGAAAUCGUCUGAGAAAGAUCGCGAUGUGCCUCCUAAGGGAGUUGCCGCUGCUAAACUUAUGUGGGCAGAAAAAGCUGCAGCUGCCCAGGGCCUCCCCAUCAUAGGAAUGCCAGCAAAUAAAAAGCCCGGUCAAGAUAAACCACCGGAAAAGAAUAAACUUAAAAAUGUGUUCAAAUUAGGACUAAAGUGUGAUGUAGAUCAAGCAACUGGUGCAGUAAAGAAAUCUGUGGAGAAAACCAAAAUAGAUAGAUUUAAAACUGUUAACUACGAUAAAACUUUAAGAAAUAUUAAAUCCAAGUGGGUUCCAGGGUCAGAAGAUGAUGAAGAGUUCAUGAAGCAGUUUCAGUUUAAAGUUAAGGAAGAGAAAAAAGUCAAGAAAAAAUUUAAAUGCAUCCAAGUGGGCGAUCCACUGCCCCAGUGGAUUUUAGCAGGAUUUCGCAUCAACUCUCCUGUAGAAAUCAUCCACCAACGAAGACUUUCUCGCAGAAGAAUUUCUAAAGCAGACUCCAGUGACUUUUCUAGCAGUGAGUGCUCCAUGAGUGUGCCCCCUUCUCUACCCACCUCACCAAGGUAUUCCAUAACUGUAACUGAUGAGAUGGGCACUCGUGAUCUUUUGGUGUCUGAGGCAGAGGCCUUCCGUCUCAGUCAAAUGGGUGCUCAUAUAAUGUACAAACGAUCCAGUAUCGAUGCCUCGGUGGACACGAGUGAAUUUGAUGUUGAAGGGGCGGCUGGGGGCAUUCCACCUUAUCAUCGGUCCAUAUCAGCCUUACAGGCUUCCGGACACUUGUCUCAAAUGAUGUACAAUUUACGUGGAAGGCAGUCACAUCCACAGGUCAUACCGGGUCAUGGGGCAGCAGGGGGUCAGGGUCACAGAAGUAGCCAGGGUCUACUGCAAUCUUUUAUUCCCGCAGUGAUGCAGAGGACGCGCUCCGGCGGCGGCAGUGGGCAAGCCUCGAGACUUGUGGCCAAGAAGAUCUGGCGAGCACGAUCGAAAAGUCAGUCUCGUGCCUCGGCAGGGACUACUUCCAUUUGGACGCCCAUGAAGCGAAGAAUGUCUUUUGUUUUUGGACGAAAGGAGACUCUUUCAAGUGUCGCCCUUGGAAAGGUUCCAAGAGAUGUCACGAGGAAAUAUGCGCCCGACUAUGUCGUUACAAAGCCUAAACUGCCCCAGUCACUCAUGGGUGGUAACACGUGGACCUCGGUGACCGGGCGUGUCGUAACCCUGGAGAACACAACGCUGCUACAACUGACCGAACUGGAGAGGCUCACCCUCCAGCAACUGGCCAUCGCCAAAUUGCAGGCUCUCAACCUGGGAUGUCAAAUCAGAGUACCAAGAGACGGUGCCCCUGAGGCCAAGCAGCGAGGGAGCCUUGGGUCACACGAGACCGUCAAGUUCGAGCAAACCAGUUCGGCAGUUCAAAAGAAAAAACGACCGUACCUGCUCAAGAGAAAAGCCCUCACGACGGGCUUCUUCGAUUCCAAAAAAGAAGAGACCAAAGAAGGUGUCACCUGCGGGUUGGUGUUCGGUUUGUCGCUGACGCAAUGUCUGGAGAACGAACGCAGCCGCUGUCGGGAGGCGGCCGAGAGAGCGGCUGCCGCUGCUGCUGCCACAGCGGCCGCCGCAGCUGCAGCAGCAGCAGCAGCUGCUGCUUCGGCCUCCAGCGGUACCGAAGAAACGGAUCCUCCUCUGAGUCGAAAAUCCUCCCACGCGGGAUCUCAGGCAUCCUUCUCCUCGCUCAUCGAAGGAACCAAACAGUCGACGACGGGUUCUCUAGAGAGUCUAAACUUGGAGAGGAAGAGACCAAGCCUUGUGGGGGGAGACCUUCUCCCGCCGGGGACCACUUCAACCGACCUCCUGACGGUGGAACCCAGUCCGCAAAUUCCAAGCCUCCUCCACUCCUGCUUCAAACACCUCGAAACAAAUGGCAUGCAUACCCUGGGUAUCUUCCGGGUAUCUUCCUCGAAAAAGAGAGUCAGACAGUUACGUGAGGAGUUUGAUAGCGGGCGGGAGGUAAAUUUGAAUGAGGACCAUUGCCCCCAUGACGUAGCCACACUCCUUAAGGAAUUCUUCAGGGACCUGCCAGAGCCGCUGUUGACCAGGGAGCUCUACGAACCUUUAAUAAAGACACAAACCUUUUCAGAGAUACGGAAUCGGAAGCUGCAGUUUGAAGCAUUGCAACACCUUAUCCAACUCAUGCCAACAGCCAACCGCGACACACUCCACUCACUCCUUAAUUUUCUGACGGCAGUAGCGGAAAAUUCAAUUGACCAACACACGCAAACGGGUGAAACUUUACAAGGGAACAAGAUGGACAGCAGUAACUUGGCUACUUUGUUUGCUCCCAACAUCCUGCACAUGGUCAAGCCAGGUACAGAGACCAUGUCCACGACGGAAAUGGCUGUCCACGCCGAAGAGAGAAUAGAAGUCAUAAACGUGGUCAGGACCAUGAUCGACCACAGCAAAGAGCUGUUUGAUGUCACGAGCGACUUACUGGACGAGAUGUACCAGCACAUCAUGGACACCCAUCCAGAGGCCCUGGACGUCCUUCUGCGGCGCCGCUGCACCGGACCUGACGAUCGAGGUCAGCACCUACAGGAGCUGUUAGCAAGCUUAUUGGCACCUCACCGGCCUCAGAGCUGUCCCUCUAACGUGUUGGAUCUUGAGAUUGACACCAGCAGUAGUGUCUUCGAAGGCAGCGAGUGCUCGUCCUCCCUUCCCCGAUCGCCCACGGACGCCUCUCAUCACCACGAUUUUGAUCGAAUACGUAUGAGUAUGGAUGAGGGCGACGGGUCCAGGAUUCGGAAACGGGAGGAAGUAGUACACGAAGGAGCUGCUAUCGCCCAGGUGGAACAGUCGGGGAGAAGACGGCACGUCGAGGAGGACGACGACGGUCGAGGAAGGAGGCGGGACAAAGGCGGUGACGUGGCCCCGUCCUCCGGGAGCGAAGACCGAGGGUGGUUCAGGAAGCGCGAGAAGAGCUCAUCUCGGGAGCUGGAUCGCACCAGCGAGGAGAGACAACCGGAGAAAUCUCGGUGGUUUAGGAAACGCGACAAGAGCUCCUCCCGGGGUUCCGACGAAAAGAGCUCCCGGCGCGAGGAAUCUGACAAAAAGCAGAAGGAAAAGAGUAAAAAAGACGACAUGGCUCUGCAAAGCAGUGAAAGGAAGAAGAGCGUUGAAGCAGGUGGCAAGAAAAGACCUGGAUCUGCAGAAACAGGCAAUGGUGAAGAAGAGCGCGGUGAGCAUCGGCCUCGUAGCUCUAGUGAACAGACAGUCAACCAGGAAAGGUUACGUGUUCCUGAGCCUACAGUUCGGAGACUGUCAUCUCCAGAAAUUGACAAUUCAGGUGUAAUUACAGCUUCACUGAAAAUUCCAGUACCUUUAAGCCAAGCCAGUGGACAUUUAUCUCGCACACAUGAAACUGAAAUUCCAUUUACAGAAGAUGGCUUAACUGGAGAUAGCAAAAAAAAACAUUACCGUUCAUCUCCCAAUAAGGAUGGUGGAUCUCAGCGGAGUGAUAUGACGAGACAGAGAUCUGGCAGCAGUGAUUCCUACCUAGGGCAGCCUAUAACUGGAACUAUGAGCUUUCAACCUCUCACUAAGAAAGGUGGAGAUAAGCAGAGCCACGAUUCCGUGCUGUCUUCAUCUUCUGCAGAUGUAUUUACACUGUCACCAUCUCCACGAAACACACCUCUGUCUGAUUUAUAUGCUUCUGGUGCUUCUUCACCUCUCAGUCGGACAGGGUCUCCGCCUCUCUGGCUGAGCCCUGACUCAGGCACACCAGGACUUUCGCCACCAAACUCUCCUCCUCCACAGACUCGUCGAAGGGGUGAAUCUCGCAACCACUCCAUCGCACAUUCAGUAACACAAACAUUUGGUACUAAACCACCUUCUACGCCAUCAAAGAUGAAAGGCACACCUGGCACAUCACACGGUCUUUUUCCAAUAGGUCGUUCCAAAACAGCAGAUAGCAUAAAAGUUGAAAGUUAUCACUCUGAAAUAUCAACCACAGUUAGUCCAGAACCGGAGGGUGAAAAGGGGAGCAAAAAGGUGAGUCGUACCGACGAUGUAGCUCGUGAGGUUAAAGGACACAAAGAAUCAAGUGGAAAACGCUACACUCGACGUAGGUAUACAGGAGAACGCCAUCCAACUGGGCAUUUGCCUGACGUGAGUGGUGGAGCCCACAGUGAUGCCCCAUCAAGUGGUGAGGGCCAAACCCAACUUUGGAAACGUUGGGAGAUUAUUGCUUCGGAUCCAACAGAGCCUGAAACAUUCGUAUAGUUUAGGCUUUCUAAAAAUGGAAAGGAAAAAUCAAAUUUGUGAUUAUUCGCAUUGGUAUCUGUAUGCAUACUUGCACUGGGCUAGAUAUUCGAACCUCUUGUCUUCUAACCGUGCUUUAAAAAUAACCUCUCUGCUGUCCCAUUUUCUUGCUCAAUGGAACGACUGACCAUCUACGUACUUAUGUAGAGUACAGAGAGGUCCAUCUCAGGAUUAAUUUAUCGCCACGUGACAAAUUUGCACUACUGCAAAGUCUAUAUUGCUACAGAAGUUAAUCACAUGAAUGCUGAACUAUCCACUUAGUAACUACUUAGUGAUAAAUAUUUUAUGCACAUAAAAGACCUCAAAGUAACAACUCUAGUCACACAAUAUAUUCUAGUCUGUCUGUGAAAUCACACAAUUAUUAUGGGAAUCACAUGAAAGUACUACUAGGGUGUCUUAUCAUGACCUUCAGUGUAUUAGUAUGAAUACAUUUGUGUAAAUGGCAAAAUACUGUACUCUGUGAAGUCUGUAUUACAAUACACUCUUAAUAUGUCAUCUGUGAUGUUUGUCAAAAGUUUGUAAGUCUGUUUUGUCAGGAACCCUUUUAUAUAAAAUUAAUGUACAAUACAAAGAACAAUGAUAUAUUUCUGAUCUAAA